CUCUACUGAGUGAUGUUCACACAGUUUAUUUUCAAUCUUCUAUGAUGUAAAUAGAAAGAAGCAUCCAUGGGGUUUAGCAAUGGUCGAGCUGAAUAUACCCUAUCUCAGUUGCUGAAAAGUACCUUAGAUGCUGCUGGAUUUUCCUUUGCAGAAAUAGAAUUCAAAAAGCAUUCUGAAUUUUUUUUCACACGUUUUAACAAAAUGCUCUGUGUUUCUGCAGAUACCAUUUAUGUUGGAAGUAGAACAGAAGGAAUAUCAGGCGGAUUGUAUUACUCAGGGGAAGAAAGCGAUAUCGACGCCAUUUUGCCGUUCUUUGAAGAAUACGAUGUUAACGAUGGCCAGUCCUAUCUUGACGAAGGAAUAGAAAAACCAGAUAUAAACGAGGACCCAUGGAUAUAUAUAACUGCCUAUCAUACAUUGUUAUGUUCAAGACAAACGUUGUUUGCUUUUUACGAUGAAGAAUUUCCAGGUUAUAUGAAGAUAUAUUGUCUUCCAAAUACUCAUUUCUCUUCUAGAAAGGUACCUGCAAGAGCAGAACAUGUAUAUGGAAACCAAGUCUUUUCAAAACCUGGUAAGGAAAACUGAUGCAAAAGACCUUAACAUUACUACUGAAACAACGAAUAAAUUUCAGAACAAUGGCCCAGCUGUAACUGAAAGGUGUUUUAGCAGCUCUUUUUUGUUUUCCUCAAAACAAGAAUCCUUGGUAAGUGACAAUAUACCUUGUCUUUACUUCGAUUAUUGGCCGCCUUGUGCUUUAGAUUGGACAACUCGUU